GGUGGAGCCGUGGAGGAGCUGCCGCGCCUAUCGAGGAGCGCCUGCCUGCCUGCCUCGUUAAGCAGCGGCAGGGCAGCACUGCAGCAGCCUGCAGGAGCCGGGGGCGUCGUCGGCGACUGGGAGGACUUCAAGUGAGACCACCACUACGCUCCUCCACCACUCCACUCCACUUCACUCGUGGGUGAGAGAGGAGGACGACUUCGGAGGUCCCGAGGCCUGCUUCUUCCUUGUUUGGGAGGUUGCUGCUUGUUUUAUCUUAAAAUGGGCUCUCAUGAUGGUGAGAGUGAUGAGUUGCCACCCCCCCCUCCGGUGCCACCAAAUGUGGUGCCGAUUAAAGCUGAUGAUGUUUUGGGUGAAGGUGAAUCACCACCAAACAAACCAGCAAAGCCUAAGAAACUACCAAUGGCCAGGCCUGGUGUAGGACGAAAAGGGCAAGCAAUCCAGCUCUAUUCAAAUCACUUUAAAGUCUCGGUGAAGAAUACUGAAGAGUUUUUCUUUCACUAUGAUGUGAAGUUGAAGUAUGAGGAUGAUCAACCCGUUGAUGGGAAAGCGGUAGGCAGAAAGGUGAUUGAUAAACUGCAGCAGACAUAUCACUCUGAGCUUUCUAACAAGGACUUUGCAUAUGAUGGAGAAAAGAGCCUGUUUACAGUUGGUGCUCUUCCACAAAAAAACAAUGAGUUCACUGUAGUUUUGGAGGACACGUCUACUGGAAAUUGUAGAACUGCUGCCAAUGGGAGUCCUGAAGGAAAUGACAGUCCUGGAGGUGGUGACAGGAAGAGAGUGAGGAGAUCAUACCAGCCAAAGACUUUCAAAGUUGAAUUAACAUAUGCAGCACAAAUUCCUAUGAGCGCUAUUGGUCAAGCCAUUAGAGGUGAAGAAUCAGAGAACUCCCUGGAGGCUCUCCGUGUUCUUGAUAUCAUACUGAGGCAGCAUUCUGCAAAACAGGGCUGUCUUAUAGUCAGGCAGUCAUUUUUCCAUAACAACCCUGCAAACUUUGUUGAUUUGGGUGGUGGUGUUGUGGGCUGUCGUGGAUUUCAUUCAAGCUUUCGUGGCACACAGAGUGGACUUUCCCUGAACAUUGAUGUUUCAACAACAAUGAUUGUGAAGCCAGGUCCUGUUUGUGAUUUUCUUCUUGAUAACCAGAAAGUUGAUGAUCCUAGCAAAAUUGACUGGCAAAAGGCCAAGCGUGCUCUCAGGAACUUGAGGAUUAAAACAAUUCAUGCGAAUAUAGAAUCCAAGAUUGUUGGUCUUAGUGAGCAGAAUUGCAAGGAACAGACGUUUCCACUGAAGCUGAGGGAUGGCAGUAAUGAUACUGUUGAAGUAACCGUUUAUGACUACUAUAUGAAGAAAGGAAUUAAACUGCAGUAUUCUGGUGAUCUUCCCUGUAUAAAUGCUGGGAGACCAAAGCGACCAACAUAUUAUCCCAUUGAGCUGUGCAGCUUUCUUCCUUUACAAAGAUACACAAAAGCUUUGUCUACGCUACAAAGGUCCUCCCUAGUCGAGAAGUCUAGACAGAAGCCUGAUGAAAGGAUGAAAAUCCUUAACGAUGCGCUGCAACGUAGUAACUACGAUUCCGACCCCAUGCUGAGGGCGUGUGGUAUUUCAGUUGCUCCAAAGUUUACCCAAAUUGAAGGAAGGGUCCUGCAAGCCCCGAAGCUGAAAGCUGGCAACAGUGAAGAUAUCAUCCCACGAAAUGGAAAGUGGAAUUUCACCAAUAGGAAGCUAAUUCAAACAUGCUCUGUGGAUAAGUGGGCGGUUGUUAAUUUCUCAGCACGUUGUGAUAUUCGGAGACUUAUUCUUGACCUGAUGAGAAAUGCAUCUGCAAAGGGAAUUCAAAUGGACGAACCUUUUGAUGUGUUUGAAGAGAGCCUCUCUAUUAGGCGUGCUCCUGUGUCAAGAAGAGUGGAUGAUAUGUUUGAGCAGAUAAAAUCAAAACUUCCUGGAGCUCCAAGGUUCCUGUUGUGCCUUCUUCCUGAGCGGAAAAAUUGUGAAGUCUAUGGUCCUUGGAAGAGAAAGUGCCUUGCUGAAUUUGGUAUUGUCACACAAUGUCUAGCACCAACAAGAGUCAAUGAUCCAUACCUGCUUAAUUUGCUGAUGAAGAUUAAUGCAAAGCUUGGCGGGAUGAACUCGCUGCUGCAAAUUGAAGCAUCUCGUGCAAUACCUCAUGUGUCAGACGUACCCACCAUCAUCUUGGGUAUGGAUGUCUCGCAUGGUCAUCCAGGACAAGAUAAACCUUCGAUUGCUGCGGUGGUCAGCUCUCGUCAAUGGCCUCAUAUCUCUAAAUAUAGAGCGUCAGUUCACACCCAAUCUGCCAGGCAAGAAAUGAUGUCCUCCUUGUUUAAGCCGCGGGGAACUGAAGAUGAUGGCCUCAUUCGGGAAUCACUGAUCGACUUCUACACUAGCUCUGGAAAGCGAAAACCUGACCAUGUUAUUAUUUUCAGGGAUGGAGUUAGUGAAAGCCAAUUUACCCAGGUCAUAAACAUCGAACUUGAUCAGAUCAUUGAGGCAUGCAAGUUUCUCGAUGAGAAGUGGUCACCCAAGUUCACUGUGAUUGUAGCUCAGAAGAACCAUAAUACCAAGUUUUUCCAGACUGGAUCUCCAGAGAAUGUUCCUCCAGGUACUGUAGUGGACAGCAAAGUCUGCCAUCCUAGGAACUUUGACUUCUACAUGUGUGCACAUGCUGGGAUGAUUGGAACAUCAAGGCCGACACAUUAUCAUGUUCUCCAUGAUGAGAUAGGCUUCUCUGCUGAUGAAAUGCAGGAGUUUGUUCAUUCGCUCUCUUAUGUGUAUCAAAGGAGCACAACCGCCAUCUCAGUUGUUGCCCCAAUAUGCUAUGCCCAUCUUGCCGCAGCGCAGGUAGGCACGUUCCUGAAGUUUGAGGAGAUGUCAGAUACCUCCUCCAGCCAGGGAGGGCACACCUCGGUGGGCAGUGCACCCGUGCCAGAGUUGCCAUGUCUGCAUGAGAAAGUUAGGAGCUCGAUGUUCUUCUGCUGAUGCACUCCUUGCUCUCGAUAGUGAAGCGUGCAAACUGUAGAAGUCUUUGUCGGUUUCGGUUAGCGGAGUAUGUGUGUAUAUAUACCUAGCCUGACCAACUUGGAACCUGAAGGCUCGUUGAACUGACUUAUCUGCUGAAUCUGGCGGCCUGUCGAACCAGUCAUUUUGUUGCGCCCCAGCAGCGGGGUGCGAUUGUCCGUCCAGAUGUGAAUGGAUCAUGUUAUCAUGUUGCUGUGUGACCAAAGCCAGCUCUAUGGUUUAAGCUAAUCUCCCUUGUGGACCAUAUCGUGUCAUGUGUUGCAGAUCCUGCAGCGGGUGUUUUAUUUCAA